AUGUUUGUUGUUCAUGAAGGAAAGUUGUUGGGUUAUGUUGUUUCUAAGCAAGGUGUCACAGUGGAUCCGGAAAGAAUAGCAGCAAUCUUGGAGCUACCCCUGCCACAUCACAAGAAGGGAUUGCAAUCUUUCAUUGGGAGGAUUAAUUUUGUUAGGCGUUUCUUGCCUAAUAUUGCAGAUUUAUUGAAACCACUUACAACCAUGUUGAAGAAGAAUGUUGUUUUCCACUGGACAAAAGAAGCAAAGCUUAAUUUUCAAAUUAUCAAGGAGUCACUCACGGCAGCUCCUACUCUAAUAAAUCCAGACUUUAGCAAAGAUUUCAUUUUGUAUGCGUAUGGUGGUUAUGAGGCUAUUUCUGCAAUGCUGGUCCAAAAAAACACAGAAGGAUUGGAACAACCUAUUGCGUUUUUUAGCAAAGGAUUGGAAGAUUAUGAGCAGAGGUAUAGUUUUGUUGAAAAGCAUGUCCUUGCUGUUGUAAAGAGCCUUAAAAAGUUUUGGCACUUGUUGUCUCAUAACAAGAUACACCUGAAGGUUGCUCAUGCAAGUGUAAAAGAGUUUCUCCUCAGUAAGGAUCUCAGUGAGAAAAGAGCUGGUUGGAUAACACAGGUCAUGGAAUACGACAUAGACAUUCAGGUCACCAAAUUGGUUAGAGGUAGAGGCUUAUGUGAACAGAUUAUUACAAAUGAAAUUUCAAGAAAGGAAGAAGGAGUAGAAACAGCUCUGGUGAUUGAUUUGAUAGCUGAUCAUGACAGUACAUCAAGCUGGUUGCAGGAUAUGAUUCACUUUCUAAAAACUAGGAAAGAAUGGCUGCCAGCAUUACCUUUACAUCCCAUAAAAGAAGAACAACCUUUUGACAGAUGGGGUGUUGAUUUCAUUGGUCCUAUUAACCCACCAUCAAGUACAGGCCACCGGUGGAUAAUCACUGCAACCGAUUAUUUUACUAGAUGGACUGAGGCUGCAGCACUGAAGGAUGCUAAUGAGAUGGUUGUUCUUAAUUUUUAUGAUGAUAUUGUGAACAAGUUUGGAGUUCCUGACUCCAUAGUGUCAGACAAUGCACUCGCUUUUGUAGGCUUAAGGGUGACAGAUUGGGCUAUCAAACACAGCAUAUAUCUCAAUACUAGCUCAAAUUAUUAUCCUCAAGGUAAUGGAUUGGCAGAGUCCACAAAUAAGAACUUAAUCAGAAUCAUCAAACGGACUUUGCAAGAAAAUCAGCGUGAUUGGCAUUCAAAGCUGAAGGCAGCCUUGUGGGUGGACAGAAUCACACCAAAGCAAAUUAUUGGCAAUUCACCUUAUCGGUUGGUAUAUGGGAAGGAAGCAAGGUUAUCAAUAGAAACAGAAUUGCUAGCACUAGAUAUGGCCACUCAAAUGGUGCUUUUUGAGGAAGAAGAUCCUAUGCAAGUGCGUUAUGCACAAUUAAUGGAAUUGGAGGAAAGUAGGAGAAAGGCGGGACAAACAAUGGAGUUUCAAUAG